AUGAGCUACAACCUUUUUCUCCUGGCUUUUGUCCUGGGCAUUACUGGAGCUUUCCACUAUGGAUUGCAGGUCUCCAUUAUCAAUUCUCCUGCUGAGUACAUCCAAAGUUUCAUCCGUGAGACCUGGCUGAAGAGAUAUGGCUCCUCUCCCAGUGCAGAGAUGAUCACUUUGAUGUGGUCCUUUAUUGUGUCCAUUUACAGCAUCGGUGGGCUUCUGGGCUCCUCAUCUGCUGGGUACUUGUCUGUUAGGUUUGGAAGGAAGAAGGCCCUGCUGCUUGCCAACAUCCCUGCUCUGCUGGGUGCAGCUCUGAUGGGACUCAGCCGGCUGUGUGGAUCUUUUGAGAUGAUCAUGGCUGGAAGGUUAUUUUCUGGAGUCUGUGGAGGUUUAGCUCAGAACGUCCAUAUCAUGUAUGCUGGGGAAUGUGCUCCACGGAAGCUCCGAGGGCUGGUCGCCAUUACAGCUUCUACCUCCAUUGCUGCUGGGAAAUUUAUAGGAUUUGCUCUGGGUCUCAGAGAAGUUCUUGGAGUGGAGGCUCUCUGGCCAAUUCUCCUGGCAGCCAAUGCAGUCCCUGCCCUUGUUCAGCUUCUCACCCUCCCCUUCUUCCCAGACUCUCCUCGCUACCUGCUCAUUGACCAAAAGGACAAGGAAGGAUGCAUCAAAGCUGUGAAGCAGCUCUGGGGAGAUGGGGACCACAUGGCUGAAAUAGAUGACAUGAUGUCAGAGCAGAAAGCCAUCCGUGGGGAGAAGGCCAAGAGUGUUUGGGACCUGCUGCGGGACAGGGCAGUGCGCUGGCAGCUCAUCACUCUGUUCCUCGUGGUCUCCUGCAUGCAGCUCAUCGGGGCCAACGUGGUUUACUCUUAUGCAUACAGUAUCUUUACAAAGGCUGGAAUCCCCCCUUCACAAACCCAUUAUGUCUCCCUGGGAGUAGGGACUGCUGAGAUCCUCUCCACAGUUCUGUGUGGCUUCCUCAUUGAGCGUGCAGGGAGGAAGACACUGCUGUGGAAAAACUACACGGUGAUGGCCUUGGCUCUAGGGCUCCUCACAGUCACGCUCUCACUGCAGGACUCCUUUUUCUGGGUACCAUACUGCUCUGUUGCACUUGUCUUUAUUUUCAUCAUGAGCUUUGGCAUUGGGCCAGGUGGAGUAGUAUGCCCCUUGAUCACAGAAAUAUUUAUUCAGUCAUACAGACCAACUGCUUAUGUUUUUAAUGGUGUUACAAACUGGAUCCAACUCUUUGUCCUUGGACUUGUGUUCCCUUUCAUUGUGGAAGGUCUUGGUAAUUUCUGUUUCAUCAUUUUCCUGACAUACUGCCUGUCCAUGGCUAUUUUUGUACUCCUGGUGCUGCCAGAGACCAAAGGAAAGAGCAUGCUGCAGGUCAUGGAGGAGUUCAACCACCUGAACUACCGUGGAAAGAAGGGGCAGGCAGCCCUACAGCAGAGUAACUGCUCAGUGGUGGCUGUUACUAGGCUUUAA